GAAAGACCGGGAAUCGAACACAGAACCUUCUUGCUGCAAGGCAACAGCUCUACAAAAUAUAAAAUUAUGUGGAAAUUUUCAGGUUGAACAUGCCAAUAAUUCAUAGAAGUAACAAAAAAUAACAAAAUCAGACAAAAUAAAUGUUUCCAAAUGAAUAAAACCGAUGAAACUUUAACAGAAACUGCAGCUGUGUUUCUGUCUGCUCAGUUUCUGGUUCAUGUUUGUUUUUCAACCAGAAAAUCCAGAAUUUGACUCCAGUAAAAGUAGAAAUUGUUCCUAACAUGAAGCUCAGUUCUUCUCUGUGGUUUAGUUUGAAACAGAAACAGGCCCACAGCAUCACAGGUCCUCCACCGAACCCAGCAGCAGUUCAGCUGUUCAUAGUUUCAGCAGCUUCAGUCUCAGCCGACCAGCCUGUCCACAUUCAGGAACCUGAGAUAAAACUGGAGGAAGAUGAAAUGAUCCAGCUGUCAGUCAUCAUCAGAUGUUCUGUUUCUUUGUUCUGAUUGAAAUCUUGUUGAUGUUCCUGCUGAAUACCCAGCAUGCCUUCUCAGGUUGGCCUCACCUGGACCAGAACAGGUCCAACCACGAACACCUGAUGAACAGGAAGUUCUGACUGUUGACUGGAACGUGGAAGAGAAAGUAAAUCCUCCGGGUCCAGGAGGAGGAACUGGGCCGGGAUUUCAUACGGAGUCAGAAUAUAAAGGCUGAAGUUCAGCUGAGAAGCAGAAGGAGUUUGAUUCACAUCGACCUCAGAGGAACAACAGAGGGAGGAGAGAAGGUCGUCACCAUGGCAACAGCAUCACAGCCAGAAAGAUCUCAUAGUCGCUCACCUGCAUCACAGAAAAAAAGCAUUAAGUAUGAGAAAUUAUCUCUGGCUCUGCUGAACAUUAAUGGUCUGAGAAACAAAACUCAUGAAAUUCGACACAUUAUUGCUCAUGAUAAGCUCCAUGUUGUGGCUCUGUGUGAAACUAAACUGAACAGCACCGUUAAAGAGAGUGACGUUUAUAUACCAGGAUUCACGAUGUGGAGGAGAGACAGGAAUGACAAUAGUGACAAUAAAGGAGGUGGAGUCGCUCUGUAUGUUCAGGAUCAUAUUAAAACCACAUUAAGACCCGACCUGAUGAAGGCUGAAGCUGAUAAGAAGAAUCAUAAAGCUGAAGAGGAGAAUCCUGAAGCUGAAGAGGAGAAUCCUGAAGCUGAAGAGGAGAAUCCUGAAGCUGAGAUCAUUUGGGUUGAGAUGGAGUUUCCUGGCAGUCGACCAGUUUUACUGGGAUGUUGUUACAGACCUACAAAAGAUAAAACAAAAUAUUUUGAACAAAUCAAUGAGACGAUAACUCUGAUGUCAGAGAAGGAGAAAGGUAAAGAUAUUUUCCUGAUGGGUGACUUUAACAUAGACUGGUUGUCAAACUCUGAGAAGGAAAAAGCUGAUGAAUAUAUAAAAGAACAGAGUUGGACUCAGAUCGUUAAAGCUGCUACCAGGGUGACUCUAGAUUCAGCAACAUGCAUUGAUCACAUUUAUACUAAUAUAAAAGACCGUUUAGAACCAAAAAACAUUCCUACAGGCUGCAGUGACCAUAACCUCAUUACAGUAAAGAUAAAUAGAAAGAUUCCUGAGAGGGAAAGAAACUUUAGAUCAAUUUCAAAAGAAUUUAAAAAAGAGACAUUUCAGAAAGAGAUAAAAAAUGUUAAGUGGGGCAAGGUCUGUAAAUUGACUACUCGUAAUGAAUCUUUACAGGAAGCUCUGAACAUGUUUACUAAGGAAUUUCUCAAAGUAGCAGAUGAACAUACCAAGCUAAGCAACAAAAAUAUUUAUAUGUUAUUGAAAUUGGUUGAUUUGGAAAAUAUAUUAUCUGAACGAGACAAAAAAAAGAAAAAAGCUAUAAAUAUGAUCUUUAAAUUUAUAGAGAUCAAAAAACAGGCUGAGGUAGAAAUGGACAAUUAUCUGAAAAGCAAAAAGGGAAAAGGUGAAAAUGAUGCUACAAAAAAUAAUAAUAAAAAAACUUCUCAUAAAGGCAACAAUACAUCUCAGGGAGCUGCAGCCAAAGAGGGAGAUGAUCCAAAGCAAAUCCAUCAAACCAACCCUAAAAAUACAGAUUUAGAAUCUGGAUUUAAAGGCUUUCUGGUACAACAGCAGUAUAAAACAAAAAGUAAGACAUCUAUCUUUGAAAUAACUGACAUUAAAGCAAUAAAGACAUGUUUGAAGAAUGUCUGUGAUCAUGUGGUUAAGGUCAUAGAUGAAAAUGAAGCUGAACUGUGGGAACUUGCAGCUGGUUCUAUCUCUGCUCCGAUCCGUGACAUCCUGAAUGGAUACAUUAAGAUUGGAGAGAUUCCUGAUGAGCUUAAAAAAAUCAAAUCAUUCCCAUUUUCAACAGACAACUAUAGUGAUAUCAGACAGAGCAGGGGUGCUGACAGAUUACACAUCAUAUUAAGUUACAUAUUUGAUGUCAUUCUUUAUGAGCAGGCAAAACCGUACUUUAUCGAGGAUGAAAACAAACAAACAAAAUCUAUAGCAACACUUCAAGGAAAUCUGGAGCAACUAAAAACUGAUUGGCUCUCACUGGGUGAGAAAAACAGAGCAGUUGAAGCUGUGUUCCUGGAUUUCACUUCUUCCUUUGACAAAAUCAGUCAUGAUCUGCUGAUUACAAAACUGGAGGGAUCUGGUUUCUCAGAAUCAGAUCUUAAACUGAUAAAAAGUUUUCUUUCCAUCCAAGAAGGUUCCUCUGGUUUGCCUAGAAUAAGCUGCCUCUCUCAGCUCCUCCACAUCAUCAUUAUUAAUGAUCUAAAGAAAAACUUAGAACCAUCUGCUGUUAUCUGUAACAAUUACAUGAUGAUCUGUGCACGUGGAGACCCGAAGAUGAUAGAGUCAGAGUUAAAUCAGAAAAUGAAGACUGUGAGAACACGGGCCACAGAGUUCAGCAUUUUAUUUAAAGAUACACGAAAACAGUUCAACAUUUUAUUUAAAGUUAGACGAAAACAGUUCAAACUCUCUGAGCUGUCAGCCAUGUUUAAGAUCCUUGAGUCCAUGAUUCGUUGCCAUGGAGACGAAUCAAACUGGAUCAGAGCUCCUGGGAACAUAGUGAAGCAAAAUGGCGACUGGAAAUAUGACAAUAUCUCAAAAGAACUAGAGCUACACUUUGGUAAAGAAUAUAAAGUUGAGCCUGAGAACGUAAAUAAUUCACUGCAGAAAUCUCAAACAAAAAAUCAGAAACGUCCUGCAGGCCCUGCUGGUAGCACCAGUGGCUCUGGAGGUUCAAGCCUUUCACAGAGAAAAGUGAGGAACAAAACAAAAAAAUGAAGAGGAUUCAGAUCCUGGAGGUUUUAUCAAUACAGGCAACUAUAAAAACAUGAAGGUGAUCAAAGUUCAGCUGAUAAAUGCUAAAAAAAGCUAAAGUCAAAUGAACCCACAGCUCCAGAUAAAACUCCCAGAAAUAUUUAGAAAAUUAAAACAGGAUUUAUUUUCCUGCUGACAGUAGAAACUGAAUCACAAACGAGUCAAAUGACAGAAAAACUAAACUUUGUACGAUUUAUUGUUUGCUUCUUAUUUUAAAGAUUCUUCUUAUUUCUGCUUAUUUUUUAUCUUUCUUUUAUUUAGCACAAAGAAUAGAAAACAUUUUAUGAAGAAAAAACACUGUGUUAGUUUAUAAAUCACAAAUAUUAAUGAAUAUCAAUGAAAAUGUGAGUAAAAUAUUGUUAAAUGUCUGAUUUUAACCAAGAGCAGAUUGAUUAUAUUCACAGCAGAUAAAUAUAGUUCAUAUUUUUGAAUGAACUGAUUCUACAUAAAAUUAAUUUUUUAUUAUUAUUAAUCUAUAAUCAUGUGUAAGAGGAAAUUAUUUUGUUUCGACUCUGAUCUCAGUUUAUCUUUUGUUUUAAAUUUUAAAUCAAAUAUAUAAUGACAUAAUGUUUUUGUUUAUUCAAUAUUUUAUUGCAAUAUUAAUUAUCUUUUGAUGAGUUUAACAUGAAUUUAGCUGUUUUUCUUUGUAACAUUGUUUGUUGUGUUCAUGAAGUUCUAACCUCCACCACCAGGUGUCGCUGUGGGACACAGAAUGAAUGUUCAGCUGAGAAGCUCAAUAAAGGGUUAAAGGUCA